CGAGCACCGAAAUUUUUUGUAACCAGUGAAGGAGUAGAAUAAAGCUGAGUUGCACAGUAGCAGCGCAAAUAGAGUGGACAAAAUACAAGCCGUGCACGCACAAAAACUGGACUGGCAAACUGGCCUGGCCGGCGCCGCUCUAGUACACGAUUGAGAACGUCGGUGUCGGCGAUCUCCACGUCACCUUCUCACCUUCGACGGACGUGUGGAAAUACGUGCGCGACCGAAGGCGGAAGCUGGACCGGAGGGCGGACCACGCCGCCUUCUUCAACGACCUGGUGAGGGUCUUCCGAAACGGAACGGAGGGUGUCGCCGUCGUCGACGACUUCGAGGGGACGAUGCUGCUGGAAGAGGAGCACAUCGAGGCCAUCGUCGGCUCGGCUGGAGUGGGCUCGGGCGAUGCGGAAUCCGUGAUGUCGGACUCCGGCGACGUCUCGGCAGAGCGCUGACACCUCUCGCUCGCGGAGGUGUUUUCAGAGCGAGCCCUUUCGGGCAGCACGAGGGUCGCCUUCUUGGCCACCGACCGAGGGUGGUUCGAGCGCCUCCUGAAGCACGUAGCGUCCAACGAGUCCAACGCGGUGCUCCUGCUCGGAUGGCGCGCCGCCCAGGAGGCGUCCCAGUACGGCGACCGCGCGAUGGCCCUCGGCUACUACCGCACCGAGGUGCGGCCCCUGAUGAGCUACGUGGUGCACUGCUUCGACCUCUCCUCGGAUCUCAUGGGCCUGGCGUCAAUCAAGGACUACGUGGCCAGGCACUUCACCAAGGCCAUGCGCGACGACGUGACCCACAUCGCUCAGUUGAUCCGGCGCAUCUUCUUCGAGAAGCUCACCAACAGCGUCUACGACUGGCAAAACCUAUCGGUGUUCUACAGCCUGCUGGACAGCUCGCAGUCGCCAUCGCUGAACGCCCAGUUCCGCGAACUGCCGACCCUGGGUGCGAGCUUCCCCGAAAACAUGCGCCAGGUCAAGAUACUCCUGCAGGACAAGCCGGACGUCGCCGGAGCCCUGUACGCGCACCACCUGUCCUCGGAGCUCUACAGCCGGAGUGCCUACUACUUCCGCAAGCACAAGGACCACUCGGUGGCCUAUGCGAUGCUGGUGCUCAACUUUCCCUACUACGAGCCAGACACCCCGCUGGCAGUCAGGUACGGUUCCCUGGGCACGUCUUUGGGAUCACUCACAGCCGAGAACUUCUUCGCCGAGGCUCACAAGACGGCCACUCCGCCAGCGAUCCUCGCUUUCCUCGAGUGCGCCGCCCAGCACGGCGCGAGCUCGCUCGCGGUUCCAAUGGCCCGCAUCUACAUGGCCUACAGGGUGUUUCUGGAGCGAAUGCGAGAGGCGUCCGGCACCGAGAAGCAGCAGCUGCCCCUGGCGGGUCUGGAGGACCUGAGCCAGGGACAGUUGUUCUUCUUUGCUACCAUGUACCACCACUGCGGCUCGGACGAUUUGACCAAGGGCAACAAGCUCCUCCGCUUGCUCAGCGGCUUCAGCGAGGCCUACGCCUGCGCCAAGGAGAGUCCGAUGCGAGCGGCGUUCUGUAGCCAGCUGGACUGA